AGGGACAGUCCCUCACCCUGUUUUCUCACGCCCCGGGAUCAGGGGGACGUCCGCUCUGGCAGGACAGCGGCUCACGGCGGGGGCCUGGCAUCUCCGGGAGCUGGUUGCCACCCAUAGGACCGUCCGGAUGCUGCGGGGCUUCCCCUGGAGCAGAGACCACCCAGCCCUUCCCAUCUCCCAGCCGGAGUCAGCUCUGCCUGCGGCUUGUGUCCUCAUGGGCAUCUGACCCAGGGUCCAAGAGCUUUGAGGGCUGACAGUUCAAAAUCAGCUGCUGAGGAAGGAUGGCCUUGGGGUGCCCAGGUGUCCCGGCUUGCGUGGGCAGAGCAGCAGAGCGGUUGCUUCGGGGCCACUCCUGCAGAGCAGUGCACCUCCCAUCCGGAUGUCACGGCAUUUUCUUCUCCUCUCUCAGGAGCUUCGCGGUAGCCCUCUCCCAGAGAUGCCCGUGACGCUCUGAGGCACCAUGCUCUUCACCGCCUAUGCCGCCUUCGCCGUCCUCUUGGCCGUAUGCUUGGGCUUGGAGUUCUCCGCCUGCCGCUCCAAGCUCACCGGUAGCGCGUGCACCAACCCGGCUUUCCUCCAGUUCCAGCGGGACUACUACCAGGUGUAUUUCCUGGCUCUGGCCGCCGACUGGCUGCAGGGCCCCUGCCUCUACAAACUCUACCAGCACUACCGCUUCCUGGAGGGGCAGAUUGCCAUCAUCUACGUGUGUGGCUUUGCCUCCAGUGUCCUCUUUGGGCUGGUCUCUACGUCCCUGGUGGAUUGGCUGGGCCGGAAGAAAUCCUGCAUCCUCUUUUCUUUGACCUACUCGGUCUGCUGCCUCACCAAACUCUCCUGGGAUUACUUUGUCCUGGUGGUCGGGAGGAUAUUAGGCGGCUUGUCCACAGCGCUCCUGUUCUCCGCCUUCGAGGCAUGGUACGUUCAUGAGCACGUGGAGCGCUACGACUUCCCGGCGGAGUGGAUCCCCGCCACCUUCUCGCGAGCUGCUUUCUGGAACAAUGUCAUUGCCAUUGGGGCCGGGGUGGCAGCCAACUUCUUUGCGGAGUGGCUGGGCCUGGGCCCGGUGGCCCCUUUCAUGGUCUCCAUCCCCCUCCUCAUGCUGACGGGCAUCUUUGCCAUGAAAAACUGGGAUGAGAACUAUGGGAAGAAGAGGGCACUCUCCAAGACCUGCAUGGAUGGCUUGAAGUGCCUCCUCUCAGACCGGCGCGUCCUGCUCCUGGGCACCAUCCAGGCUUUGUUUGAGAGCGUCAUCUACAUCUUCAUCUUCCUCUGGACACCUGUGCUGGAUCCUCACGGCUCACCUUUGGGCAUUGUUUUCUCCAGCUUCAUGGCAGCUAGCAUGGUGGGCUCUUCUCUCUAUCGGAUUGCCAUCUCCAAAAGGUACCACCUCCAGCCCAUCCACAUCCUCUCGCUCUCUGUCCUCAUGGUUUUCUUCUCCCUCUUCAUGCUCACUUUCUCCACCAACCCUGGCCAGGAGAGCCCUUCUGAAUCCUUCCUGGCUUUCCUGCUCAUCGAGCUCUCCUGCGGGCUCUACUUCCCUGCCAUGGGCUUCCUCCGGCGGAAGGUGAUCCCGGAGAAGGACCAGGUGGGAGUGAUGAACUGGUUCCGCGUCCCCCUGAACCUGCUGGCCUGUCUCGGCAUGCUCAUCCUCCACGACAGUGACUACAAGACGGGCACCAGGAACAUGUUCACCAUCUGCUCCGUGAUGAUGGUGAUGGCACUGCUCGCCGUCGUCAGCCUCUUCACCAUCGUCCGCAACAACGCGGAGCUCUGGGUGCCCGCUCCGCAGGGACAGACGGACCCGUCUUCCCCUGAGCUCUGAUGAGCUGUUGGACCGCAAAGUUGGCGCCUUUGCGAGAUGGCCUGUGAGCUUGGGGGAGCGAGUAUUGCUUGUAGCGUGUCAGACCCCGAGACUCCUGCCCUGCUGGUGGAGGGGGGUCCGUGGAGCCCCCGCGGGGGGAAGCAGCUGUGACCGGUCAAUGCUUGCGAUAGAAGCACCGUCACAGAUGACAACGGCGCAGGUGAGCCUCCUGUUGACUGGUGAUUCCCGAAGCAUCCCAACCCGAACUGCCUCCAUCUCCUCCCUCACAUCUUCUCUUGUGCAACUGCCAAAUGUCUGAGGUGGCAGGGAAGGCUGUUACGGAAGGUGAAGUAUUGGAAGCUGACACUGCUCAGCGCUGGACUCCUUGGGAUAGCUGGAGGCGAGCACAGGGACGAGAUGCUGUCCGGGCGCUGGAUGUGUUACCCCUGGCUGCUCCGCACACCGAGCUCAGCAGCCCUCUCUUUUUUUUUUU